AUGCGCGCGGAAGGUGGUACGCAUCAUGCUGCUGCUGAGCCAGAAACGGCACCCGCAGUUUUCGGCUGCCAUUCCGAGAGUCAAGCGCAGGCUCCUGACGUUGACGAAGCGGCUUUGUCAGCAUGCCGGGACGAAGCAGAUGACGUCGACCAGACUCUGCAGGCUUCUUCAGAAGUUGAGGCCAAAUAUGAGUAUCAGCACAGUUUUCUGGAUCCUGAAGAAGCCUUGGACCAUGCUGAGCCCAAGGGGCUGCAGCUGGACCCGAGCCUGGAAGAGGAUAGUGAGGAUCCCGAGUUGAACGCUGAGCUGGAUGCGGUGUGGGAGUCCUUCUUCCCUGCCGCCGAAGACUCGCAGCCGCGUCUCGAAGCUGUCGAACCUGCCGAGUGUGAGGGUGAGGAUGUGGCUGAGGUGGCAUCAGUGGAUGCUGGUCAAGGCUUAGCUCAAGCUGAAGAGCCCGUGGAAGCUCCCAGAGCAGCAGAUCGGGAAGGGGGCGCAGAAGGCGACGAGCUAGCUGCAGCACCAAAGGUUGCUCUCCAGGCGGCUGACGCAUUGAAGGCCGCACGCGAGGAGUGGCUGAAACAGUUCGACCUGAGCUCUAUGGACCCACCGCCGCCAUCCCCAGCAGAUAUUGCAGAUGCAGACCACCGCGAACUUACACGCCGUGAGCGCAUUGCACUUCUGGAACGUGGUCUUGCAGGAGAGAAGUUUGUGGGUCCUGCUGAUGAUGCCAACAGCGAGCUACGUGUUGCCGAGGCCCGGCGCCAUGAACGGAAGGCCAAGAUGCAACAGCUGUGGAAGCAGAAGGAGGAGGCAGCCCAAAGACCUGGCUCGGCUCCAGAACCGGUGACGGUCCCAGCUCAGCAGGCUGUGGAGGAGCUGGCGAAGCACUCUUUUGAAGACCUGCGGUACGCAAAAGCCUGCUACUCCCUGUCCCGCAACGCACACCGCCUGAGCACGGGAAGCCUUGUACGUGCCGUGGAGGUGCUGGCGGCAGGAGAGCGCGCCCCGCCAGAGACGAACCAGCUUGCAUGCGCCGACGCCGUCAUCGGAGCCCUGGCACCGCAGAUGACUUCGCUGGGGCUCCCUGUAAUGAGGAAUUGCUUGAAAGCCAUGACGGUCGUGGAUGUCCAAGAGCAGACUUAUUUGGACAUGCUGCUUGCACAGCUUCUGGUCCUCCUCCGCCGUGACAGUGCCAGCUUUCCUCCCUCUGUCCUGGCAGCGCUGGCAGGCUCCAUUGGCAGCCUGUACCAAGCCGGCGUGAGCGCGAGGCGUGGCGCCAGCAGCGCGAGUUGUGCUGCAAAUCGUCGCUGUAUAGACAUGCUGAACGAGCUCAUUUUGCGUCAUGCCGCAGAGUUUGCAGAGGAGGAGCUGGCCGCCUUGGGCAGCGCCUACGUACUCACAUUCAUGGACGACGUCCUACGGCGAACGAUACUGAGAGGCGCUGCAGCCGUGUGUGCUGGGCUUCGACCUGACAGCCCCGCUUGGGUCACGGCAGCUCUCGUCCAGCUGGAGGAAGCCGCCCCCAGUCUUUGCUGGGAGGAAUGUUAG